AUGAAUUGUCUAACUUUCGUUGUUAUUUUCUUAGGUUUCAUAACGAAAGGAAAUGCACAGAGAAAUGUUCAAUAUGUGAUUUUCGAAGGUGGAGGUCCGGAUGAAGGUCCGGGACCUAAUCAAACUGAAAAUAUUGCAGCGCUGAAACGUAUUUUCGGAGAAGUGAAUUCAACUGCUCAUCGAAUGUAUGCGUACGGGAAACAACAAAUGAGAAUUCUCACACGAUCAAUUGCGUUUGUGCGUUCGGAACUCGAAAUUGCUUUUGAUUUAGCUGAAAAAACGAAUACUCCGCUUUUGAUUCACAUCGACCCGAUCUAUGGUUGGGGUGCGGACCAAGAAAACUCGACAGAUGACGCACCAGCAAUGAAAUAUUGGCACAAUGAAACUAUGAGAGAAUGGAUUGAGUUUCCAAUGAAUUCCACACAGUUGCCAACUCGUAUUCCACGAUCAUGGUUUAAUUGGGGUUCUUGGUGUUCACCCUCGUUCGCAUUUCCAGCUAUUGGUUCGCCGAACUUUCUUAAUUUUUCGUCCAAACAAUUCAAUGAAAGUAUCGCUCAACCUCUUGCCCAAUGGUUAACAAAAUUAAACUAUCAAAAUCAAUCGUAUCUAUUUGCUGGAAUUAACAUCGGAUGGGAAACAAGUAUUCUCAACUAUCGACAUAUCGAUCCAACUGAUUUACCCGUUGCUGUAUGGCCUUUAAGUGCGAGAAAUAUUACAAUGAAAUCAUGGGAAGCUGGUGCUCAACUUGGCUAUGCUUCACUUUAUUGGCAAGGAUGGACGGAAGAGAAAUUAGUUCACGAAGCUCAACACCGAAAUAUCACUCGAAAUGAACUGUUUAAUUUACUUUGUUAUGAAAUCAUUCAUAAUUAUUUGCAAAUCUUGGCUCAAAUUUCUUAUGAAAAUCAGAUUCCUAAAGAACGAAUUUAUACACAUAUUAUUCCCAUGGCUUCAAUCGAUCCAUCUCGUAUCGAAACAACUGUUCCACCGAUAUGGACAGCAGUUAAUUCUUAUUCCAUUCCAGGUUUUACAAUGGAUAAUCGAGGAGCAGCGAUAUACAAUCUAACCGAGCUGAAACACCAAAUAACCACCAUAGAUCCUUCGCAAUCCCAUUUUGCUGUCAGUGAAUCUUAUCUUUUUAAUUAUCGUGAUCAGGAAAGUAUGCGCGUAAAUUUAGCUGAAGCAUUUGAUAAUGGAGCUUUGAUCAAAUCAAUCUAUGGUGCAUUGCCUUUAUCACCUGACGACCCACAACCAAUCGGCGCAAUUACAGCGAUCAAACAAUGGUUGAAUUUUAAUCAGACAUUUGCUGUAUAA